GGCGCCAAUGGAAGCGAGGGGUCAGGCGGCCGUGCGGGCAGCCCCGCUUCCUCUUGCGGCCAAGAUGGCGGGAGACGAGGCGGGAGUGACGCUGGGGCAGCCGCACCUCUCCCGGCAGGACCUCGCCACCUUGGAUGUUACCAAGCUGACGCCUCUGUCGCCAGAAGUCAUCAGCAGACAAGCUACAAUUAAUAUAGGUACAAUUGGCCACGUAGCCCACGGGAAGUCGACAGUAGUCAAAGCUAUAUCUGGUGUUCAUACUGUCAGGUUUAAAAAUGAGCUGGAAAGAAAUAUCACGAUCAAGCUGGGUUAUGCCAAUGCCAAGAUUUACAAGUUGGAUGACCCGAGCUGUUCCCGACCGGAAUGUUACCGAUCCUGUGGAAGCAGUACCCCAGAUGAAUUCCCUACAGAUAUUCCUGGCACCAAAGGGAAUUUCAAACUAGUCAGGCAUGUCUCUUUUGUGGAUUGUCCUGGCCACGACAUUUUGAUGGCUACUAUGUUGAACGGCGCAGCAGUAAUGGAUGCAGCUUUACUGCUGAUAGCUGGUAAUGAGUCGUGUCCUCAACCCCAGACCUCAGAACAUCUAGCUGCUAUAGAAAUCAUGAAACUGAAACACAUUUUGAUUCUGCAGAAUAAGAUUGAUUUAGUGAAGGAGAGCCAGGCUAAAGAACAAUACGAGCAGAUUCUUGCAUUUGUGCAAGGUACAGUUGCAGAAGGAGCUCCAAUAAUUCCGAUCUCAGCACAGCUGAAAUACAACAUUGAGGUAGUCUGCGAGUAUAUAGUGAAAAAAAUUCCAGUCCCUUUGCGAGACUUUACAUCUGAACCAAGGCUUAUUGUAAUUAGGUCCUUUGAUGUUAACAAGCCUGGCUGUGAAGUUGAUGACCUUAAAGGGGGUGUAGCUGGUGGUAGUAUUCUAAAAGGUGUUUUAAAGGUCGGUCAGGAAAUUGAGGUCCGACCUGGUAUUGUGUCCAAGGACAGUGAAGGAAAACUCAUGUGCAAGCCAAUCUUUUCCAAAAUUGUGUCACUCUUUGCUGAGCACAACGAUUUACAAUACGCUGCUCCAGGAGGACUUAUAGGUGUUGGAACUAAGAUUGACCCAACUUUGUGCCGGGCUGACCGAAUGGUAGGGCAAGUUCUUGGUGCAGUUGGAGCAUUGCCUGAAAUAUUUACAGAGUUAGAAAUUUCCUAUUUCCUGCUGAGACGACUGCUGGGUGUGCGCACUGAAGGAGACAAGAAAGCUGCAAAGGUGCAAAAAUUAUCAAAGAAUGAAGUUUUAAUGGUAAAUAUUGGAUCCUUAUCUACUGGAGGAAGAGUCAGCGCAGUAAAGGCUGACUUGGGGAAGAUAGUGCUGACUAACCCAGUAUGCACAGAAGUGGGAGAAAAAAUUGCCCUGAGUCGAAGAGUUGAGAAGCACUGGCGUUUAAUUGGUUGGGGUCAGAUCAGAAGAGGAGUGACAAUCAAACCAACUGUUGAUGACGACUGAAGAACAAAAAAAGAAUGCUUUGUUUUUAAAGACGAAGCGCCCGUUUCUAUUUUGGAGGGAGUGUAUCUUCAUAAUGGGAUUGGAAGCUGUGCAACCACUGUCUUUGAAUUGUAUGGCUGUCGUACACUAUUGAAUUUUACCCUCUUACUAAAAUACUAGUCACUAUCACCAUUAAAAGUGUAAAAGAAUCGGCGUAGAAGUGGGUUUCAUUAUCCACAUUUUAGUAGAAAUUGAUUGUACAUGUCUCACGGCAUGUCUAAUUUAUGUUAUUUUGUGUGUUUUGGACAUAUCUGUUUAAUAUCAGUCAAGCCAGCCCCAGUGUAACACACAAAUGAUAAAUGUGGUAUUGAAAUAAAAUAUUGCUUAUUUUCAUCAUAUAAUGUUUUGAGUAACAAAAGACAGUGGUGGUUGUUCAACCAAUACAAGAGCUAAAGGCAAGCAGAAGUUAUUCUGGCCUUGAAGACUAACACCCUUUCUGUGCAACAUCUUGCCUUGUUUAGGUGUUUCUGCUGUUUACAGGAAAAGCUUGUUCCUAAGUUUGUGUAUAGGGUUGUAACUGUGCUAUGCCUUAUAGUUAAGAUGGCGGCACUGACUGACUUCAAUUUGUUGCUUCCAGUGUUACAAGGACCCUUAGAUAAACUCCCCCAAGAGAAAGACACAAACUGGAUCUGAAUCAGCAGUACUUUCUUUGAAAUUAGUUCAGAAUGGAUUUAUGAAGAGAACGUAGUUAGUCUGAACUGUAGCUCCUUGUCCUCGUGGAACUUGAUGUGGGUGACCUGGCAGAGUUUAAAUUUAUAUUAAGCUGUUGAGCAAAUCAUAGCUGUGGUCUUGAACUAUAAAAUGCCUGGGAAAGGGUGUGAAGGGAAUGAUUCUGGAGGAAGAAAUCAGGAUGGGGAGAAUGGUUUAUCAACCACGUGUGCUUGGCUAGUCUGAAUCUUGCUCCUUAGGAGAAAACAAUGUAGUAUACUCAACUGUGGGGUACUAACACUCAUUUAAUGUUUUCAUUUGUACUAAUGUACUUAACUUUAGCUAUUUUAUAUACUAAGUUCUUUAGCCAAUCGUGCUACUUUCCACAUUUUUAUACAAAGUACUGCCUUUGUUUUCAAAAUCUUGUUUGAGUUGCUCUGUUUAGUAUCUGAAAGAGCAUUCUGAGGGUUGCUUUUUUCCACUCAUCAUAGUGGACAUCAGCGAAGCAGGCUGGUUUUGUUUCCUAUUGUGCUUUGUACUUCAUGUUGCCUUAUUCCAUCUAUGUUCUUGUACUCAGUCUCCUGGUUUGUAAAGUACUUCUACCUCA